GAGUUCUGUCAUCGAUUGUCUUUACAUAAAUUCUGAAGUCAUUAUACAAAAGACAACAGAUGAAAAUUCUAAGUGAAAACUUGGCUCUAUUAUUUUACUUAGGGUUGUGGAAACCAAGUGACUGGAGUCGAUGGAGUUGGAAAUCCAUUUUGUACACUCUGUACACUAUUUUAAUAAUAUUAAUAUCCAUUGUAUUUUUCACAACCGAAUUACUGGAUCUUAUUUUAGUAACAAGUAGUAUUAAUGAAUUUACAAACAAUAUUUUCAUGUUGUCAGCAAUAUUGGCGGCAUGUUUAAAAAUAUCAAUGGUUCUCAGACAUCGGAAUGUAUUUAAUUUUAUUUUAGAUAAUUUUAAAAAUUAUUUACUUGAAAAUGGCACUCCGUACAGGGAGGAAAUUAUUAUUUGGACUCGUUACAGCCGUACAAUUAGAUUCAUAACUAUGUUUUAUAUGUCUACAACAUUUUUUGGAGUUACUAUGAUGACUUAUGCUACAACUUCGAUCAAUAUACCAAGACGUGAAUUACUUUAUCGAGCCUGGGUACCUUACAAUUACUCACGGCCUUCUGCGUACUGGAUAUCUGCUUUGGGACAACUUGUAACCAUGUACAUUUUGGCUGGUGUUAAUGUUGCUUUUGUUCUACUAUUUGCUGGGAUAAUGAGUAGUAUUUGUGCCCAAAUAAGUAUAUAUAGAUUGAGAUUUGAGACAGCAUUUUCUGAUGUUAAUAAACCAGGAAGUGGAAUAAAAAGAAAAAGUACUGAAGAAAUAAUAAGCAAAUUUGUUGAAAUGAAUCUUUCUAUAAGAAGACUAUUUGAUAUUGUUCAUAAAUUGUUUUCAUGGACAAUAAUGUUCCAGUAUUCAGUAGGAUCAAUUAUUUUUUGCGCAAGUGCUUACAAUAUGUCGCAAAUGAAAGUACUGUCACUUGAUUUUCUCUCUUGUGUUCUUUAUGUUCAAAAUAUUAUGAUUGAAUUAUUUAUUAUGUGCGUUGCUUGUGACGAAAUAACCCUUGAGUUCGGAAAGCUCCAUAAUAUUUUUUACAACAGUCCAUGGUAUUUUUUUGAUAACUAUAAUAAAAAAUCGAUAGCAUUAAUGAUUAAUAAUUCGAUGAAUCCAAUUUAUUUUACUUGUGGAUACGUCGUACAUUUAUCUAUUGAUUCAUUCACGCAUGUACUAAAAUUAUCGUAUAGUAUUUAUAAUGUACUUCAGAGUACAUUUUAGUAAAGCAAUUGUCGAUAGACUAGUAGAAUAUUAUAAAAAAUAAAAGUAAAAUUUAUAUAGAC